GGCUUUCUUUUGACGAUUGCAUCUCCUUCAAUGCGUCGACUCGUCUGUCAUGUCACAGCUUACCAAUUGAACGAGAGUGAGACCAAGAACAAUACGGUUGCAGAGUAAAAAGCCACGAACCAGUCGCCCCUGAAUUAUUUGAUCACAGUCGGAAUAAGCCGCCGCCGCCACUGCCCAGCAAUGUUGAUCGACUGCGGCCCUUGGCUGAUUACAUAAAUAGAUUCGGAUUCAACGUUGUAUACACAGAGAAAACCAGAGCUUCGAUCGAUACCUCGAUCAUGGAUUCCGUGCAGCAAAUGCAAUCGGUAGGUGUAGAAUGUCCGGCCCCUUUCAAUACCAAUUUCUUGCCGUAAUUAGUUCAAUUACUAUAUUGAUGGAAGGAAUCGCAGGUUAGCAGGCAAGGUCGUGCUGAUCACUGGCGGAGCAAGCGGCAUAGGCGGCAGCACCGCCGCUCUGUUCGCCCGAAACCGCCGACGUCCAGACCAAUCUGGGUUGCGAACACGGACGGCGAGGAUAUGAGUAAGGUGUUCGAGAUGAAUGUGCCGCGUUCUUCUGCGCCAAGCACGCGGCCAGGGUGAUGGCGCCGGAGAAGAGAGGGGUCAUUCUGUUCACGGCGAGCGCGGUGACGGGGACGCACGGCUUCUUCGCCCACGCCUACACGUCGUUGAAGCACGCUUUGGUCGAGCUGAUGAAGAAUCUGUGCGUGGAGCUGGGACGGGACGGGAUUCGGGUGAAUUCGAUUUCUCCGGCAGGUGUUCCGACGCCGACGGGGAUGAGGACCACCGGACUGGACAGAGAGGGUGUUCAGGAGAUGAAUUCGGAGAAAGCGGCGCUGAAAGGUGUGGCUCUGGAUGAGAACGAUUUGGCGGAGGCUGCUCUGUUUCUUGCGGAUGAUGAGGCGAAGUUCGUGAGCGGGGUAAACCUUAUGGUGGAUGGCGGAUUCAGCUUGAGAAGCGCCUAGCUUGACCUUGAAAUUUGUUGCAGUAAUGGUGGACCAUGAGCUCGGUCUUUUAUCUUGUAAUCCAAUGAUAAUCUCUGUAAUGGAUUCAGUUUACCUGGCCUGGUAAGGUGGCUGGCGGCUGUUGUUCUUCCAAUAAUAAACUGGUUUUUGAAUAAAAGUGCUAGUAGCUAAUUGGCUAGCGUUUUGCGGUGGAUAUAAUGAUGUAAUUUGAGUAAAGUUCAGUUAGUACCGACCUUUCAACGUUGGUGAAUGUGUCGACCGACUGCGCGAGAGCUGGUGACUUGUCUACGGCGAAGUUCUUUCACCAGAUGCAGGAGAAAGGAAUAAAACCAGACGCCAUUACAUUCGUUGGUGUCUUGGCCGACUGUAGAGAUGCUGUGGAUUGGCAGAUGAAGGAGUCGCAUACUUCAACUCCAUAUCUGAUAAGUACAUAGUUCAUCUCACCAUUGAACACUACGGAGUUUUGGUUGACGUACUUGGGCGAGCUGGCAGAAUAGCUGAAGCAGAGGAACUGGUGUAGAGCAUGCAAAUGGCGCCCGGUCAUUUCGUGCUAAGGGGUAUGUUGGUGCCUGCAGAGUCCAUGGGAAACUGGAGGCCGCAGAAAGAGCAGAAAAGCAACUUUUGGAGCUUGAUCCGGACAAUGGUGGGAUCUAUAUACUUUUGUCGAACAUAUACAAGUUGAUCAAGAGGUGGUUCGAUGCUAAAGAGGGAUGAAGAAGCCCCCAGGAUGCAGUCUGAUAGAGAUUGAUGGUCCUGACUCCUGUGCAUGAGUUUGUGAAGAGCGAUUCGCCCCACCAAAUGUCUGAGCAGAUCUACGUGAUGGUGGAGGACAUGAAAGGGGAACUGAAGAAAUGGAAACUUAAAAACCAGCCAGUUCUGCAAUUCUGGCACAAUAGUGGAUGCAGGAUAAGAUCACAAUCUAACCAAAUGGCAGCUUAAAAAGAAAUACGAUCUCCAUUCCCCUGAAUGUUGAGCUUAAUCCUAGCAUAUGAUCUGAAGAAAUUUUUGGGCAGCAAGGUAAGAACAGAAUGAAAAGUAGUAAACAGUAAAUGCAACCAUGAAAUGGUACAAAGUGCCAAUCUUUUGACCUCUCGAGGUUGGUGACAAAGUUCUUACCAUAGCAAUGAAAAACUAUCAGCGUC